UAUAUACACAUACAACCAUUGAAUCAUCAUUUCAUCAGCCGUUACAAAAAGAACACAGAGAAGAAAGAAUCAUGAGAUCCGUUACUUUGCUUCUGCUUUCUUGUAUUCUCAUGUCUUUCAUUUUUAGCCAUGUUAAAGAAGUGGAAGCUGGAUUGAGUCCCAUGGCGGCUAGCCUACGUGUCCGGAAGGAUAUAUUUUUGGGAAAAUGCGGCAAAGACGGAAACAAGACAUGCGUGAACGACUUUGUUAAGAAAGGAGGUGCAGCCGAUAAGCCUAUUAGUUGCGAGUGUGAUGACUUUGGCUUCGAACAUUUAUGCAGAUGUAAUUUUGCUUGAUGUGUAAUCUCUCUUCGUUCAUAGUCUUUGUUAUAUCUCUAAAGAAAGAAAAAUUACAAUAAAUAAAAAAUAUAACCCAAGAAAUUAGAGUUUUA